UCUUCUCUUUCUGAAUUUCUUGGUUUGCAUCACGGAAGUUUUCUAUCAGUAGAGUUAUUAUGUCAUGCAUCCAUGAGGUAUAUACACAGUCUCGUUAGAUAAUACUAUUUUCCAUCCAAGACUUUAACCUCCAGCUUCAUAACAGCCGGCAAAAUGGUCAAUAUCGGCCUCACCAAAGUAGACGAUGCACUGGCAGCAAAACACCCGGGUUUACAGAGGUACGCUGCCUGUCAGUCUCAUGCCUUCAUGAGGGGGACUGGGACCUUUAUACUUGGCGCUGGUGGUUUAUUUGCCAUUCAGAAGGUUCUCCAGAGGAAGCUUCCUUAUCCUCUUCAAUGGAACCUACUCAUUUCAAUAGUGGCGUCAUCAGUGGGAAGUUAUGCAGUGACUCGCUGGGAAACGCAGAAAUGCUCAGACCUUUGGUUGUUGCUAGAAACAGGAAAAGUCCCGGACAGAUCGCCACCGCAGGUGUCUAAACCAGAGGUAUCAAAAGAAGGACCUGAGAAGACAAAAUAUGGCGAUGUGAUAGAAUAAACAUUGUUUUAAGCAAAUUUCUGAAUCUACUGUAUAGAAUUACACCUUUUCAGAAAAUGUACUAGAUAUUCAGAUACGCCAUUUAUUGACUUUAACCCUAACCCUGGACGUGAAAUAUUAGUUUUCAGUUUCAGAGUUUGUGGAGCUUUUGAAUUUCAUAACAGCAUUACUGUAUGGAUAAACAGUUUCCAGAAUCAGAGGUCAGGAAUUAGUUUGGGUUUUUAGGGGGAAUCCGAUGUUAAGCUUGUGAUCCGGUAUUAUUAUUUGGAUGUGUUUGUUUGACAUGCAACAGAAUUAACACUGAACUGCCAAAACCAGCCACUAGCUGUCACUGUGUACCCCAUAGGGUUAGCCUGAGCUGUAUAUUGUUCUCACUGGUGGGUCAACCAAACCAGUAAAUGACUGGUUUGUGUUGUCAAGCGUAUGAUCUAAAUUACACAUUGAUACUUUUAAUUAUGUAUGCCUUGGACUACAGAGAGCAAAUCGUUGUGGAAUGAUUCAUCCUUUUAAAUAGAUGAGCAUUCAUAGUUAUUUAAUAAAAUGCUCCGGGCAGCAGUGUAAUCCACAUGAAAACUAUUUACUGUUGUCACUUUUAGCCACUGCAUGUUCAUUCAUUGCCUCCAGUUCAGUGAUAUUCUCCUGCAAUAUCUCAGGAUGACUAAAUAUUGUUUUGAUUUAUUUCAAUAUCUGUGCAAAAAACAUAAAUUCCAUGAGGUUAGGUGCUAAUUUAUGAUGACAGCAUGAGCAAUAGGUUAGGUAGAUGGAAAAGAUUUGGACAGGAAAGUCAUUGCUUAUUCAGAAUUUGCUGUUUUUUUAUUAUUCCAUUCAAUUGUAUUUUUAUUGUCAAAUCAUAACAGAAGUUAUUUCAGGACACUUUACUAUAAUUUACAGAGACCCAAACAAAAAAAGCAUUAUAAAGAAAUUGUCAUUGGAUUUAGGUCAUUGUAAAAACUGAGUAAGAAGAUCUGUGGACACGUACUCUUUAUUUUUAUUAAAAUCUACAACUGCU